AUGGCUUCAAACAAGGACUCCUCGUCUCUUGACGCGAGCAAGGGUUCCGUCGGCGCCCAGUUCACUGAAAAGGGCUCUGUUGGCGGCACGGCUCAGCAGGUUGGCGGACCGUUCGACAAGGAUGGCGCGGUUGGCAAGCAUUUCAAGCCUGAAGGCAGUGUUGGCGGGAGUGCACAGGCUGCGGCCGAGCAGAUGCAGGGAGACAAACCGAACUUGUUUGACAAGGAUGGAGCUAUUGGAAAGCAGUUUAAGGCUGAAGGCAACAUCGGCCAGGUCGGAGAGGCUGUGGGCGGCCCAUUCUCGAGCCAGGGAAGCAUCGGCAAGCACUUCAACCCUGAGGGUGCCGUUGGCGGAGCAGUGCAGGAAAACCUGGGUGAUGGGAAGAAGAAGUGA